AUGAUUGAAGAAGAAAAAUUGAGGGAGGAGAGCAAGUUAGCUGUACUAUAUUUCAAAUCAAAUGAAUAUACUAAGGCACUCCAAUUAUUCAACCGUUUAAUAUUCCAAUUAAAACAAUUAACUCCAACCGAAAUAAAACAAAUCAGAUCAAAUCAUUAUAAUUUAGCAAAAGUUCCAAAAUUUGGUGAAUUAGUUCAUCCAAAACUCAGUACUUUAUUAGAUCAGAAAGCAUCAUGUCUCGAAAAAUUAGAUAAACAUAAUUUAGCAUUAAAAGAAUCAAAAUUGAUACUAAAAUAUGAACCAUUUAACGUAAAGGGAUACCUUAGAAUUGGUAAAAUUUUGUAUUUAUUAAAUCAAAAAUUUGAAGCUUACAAAAAUUAUCAAACAGGGAUAUAUAUUUUAAGAUCUUUACGGGAAAAGAAUAAGAAGGAAGACGUUGAUCAAAUUCUCAACAGUCAAGCUAACUUAACUGAGAAAUUGAAACUGCAAUACAAACUUCUCAAUCAAGAAUUGAAACUAGAGAAAGAAAAAAAAAGCGUGCCCAAUGAUUCCAUUCUAAGGUCAAUCACGUCUAGUGCAUCAUCAUCACAAGAUUCACAACAAAGGAAGAAAAGGAAAGUUGUAAAGCAAAAUAUAGACCCAUUCAACCAAUUACCAAUUGAAAUAGUAAACGAAAUUGUCAAACAGUUAUCAAUGAUUGAAAAAUUUAAUUGCCUUUUAACUUGCAAACAAUGGUAUAACAAUUUAAAUAAACUACAAAUUUUUGAUUUCAAAUGUAAGAACAACAUCACAUUAGAUGAAUUUAAUGUUGGUCUUAAAUUUUUCAAGAAAAAUGUAAGUAAUACAAAUUUAAAAAUAAUUAAAAAUUUAAAGAUUAAUCAAGUUUAUGAUUCUAAAAUUUUACAUGUUAUAUCAUUGUUGGUAAAAGAAAAUCAAAUACAUCUAGGAUCACUUGAUUUAAAGGAUUUGAAAUUAAACUUACAAGAUUUUUUUUAUGCUCUUUAUAAAAAUGGAUGGAGAUUAAAUAAUUUCAAAUAUAUGGAGGAGUUAAAUUUAGGUAUAAAUUGUUCAAUGAAAUCAUCACAAAUAUUAGUUAAUAUCUUCCCAAACUUGAAAAGAUUGAAAAUUGUUGUUUUCAUACCUGAAAAAUCAUCUUUACAAAAUCUACCUGUAAAUGACAAAAUUUUCAACAAAUACAAAAGUCUUGUAUUAGAAGACUAUCCAAAUUUAGAAGAACUCGUAUUAAUAAAUCAUCCAAAAUUAUUAAAUUCCACGACAAUGAGAAUUUCAAAUGAGACUUAUUCACCCUUUCCACCAUCACUUAUUAGUAGAUCCUUCAGCCAGCUAAAAGAUUUGACCAUAGUUUCAUUUGAUUUGAGUAAUCACUUACCAAUAUUAGGUGAAUCUUUGAUCAAUUGUAAGCAAUUGCAAAAAUUGUAUUUAGAAAAUAAUGAAGGUUUAAAUCUUAUUACAUUAUUACAAAUGUUUUUAAAUUACAAGCCAAAUUUCAAAUUAUUAAAUUUUACAUUCAGAGAAGUAAAAGUUGAUAAUAUUUUAAAUCUACAAGAAUUAGGUAAUAUAGUAUUAAUUCCAGAACUAUCAUUACUUCAGCAUUUAGAUCUUUAUAGAAACAACUUAUCACAUUUCGGACUAAUAAGGCUUUUAAAAAUGUGUUCAACUACUUUAUUGUCAUUAAAUUUAGGUCAUUCAACUUACUUAGAUUUUUCAAUCAAAAACCAAACAAAUCAUUUCCAUCCAAAACAACAUCAAAUGCAAUUACAUGAUAUUUUAAAAUUAUGUUCAAAUUUAACAACUUUAUAUUUGAAUGAAUUAAAUAUUGAUACUAUUGGUAUAAUGAAUAUAAUAAAACAAUUUGAAAAUUUAAAUUUUGAAAAACAAAGAUCCAUAAAUCUUGAUUUAAGUUUCAAUCAAAUAGAUGGCAUUGAUUUAUUGAAAUUAUUAAAUUAUUUAAACUCUAAGAAUUUGAUAAAAUUAAAUAUUCUAGAUAUUAAUGGGUUGAGUAUAUCAGAAGAUACAAUGAAUUUUAUACUUAGAAAAAGGUUAGUUUCAAAAAUCAAUUUUGAUCAAAAUAGAAUCAAAUGGCUUCAAUAUGGUGUAAAUAGUUUAAUAGUAGCAUAG